CGCACGCUUCUGAGUGCAACGGGCAUGGCAUGGGCCUUGCCGCGCGCGACCGACCAUCGCAACCGCAACCGCAAGUGCUUCACCCAAGCAAUGCUCCGAACGCGACAAUAGGCGCGUUGGCGUGCAUUGUCUUGUCGUACAGGUGAAGUGCACUGCAGCGUCUUUGUGCGACCUCCUGCUUCUUUGCCAUGCCAUAGAGGCCUUCAAAGCACCGCCCGCCGCUGACCUUCACUCAUUGUCGCCGCCUUUGUCCCUCCUUCAUUGUCGCCGCGAGACAACGAGCCCGGCCAGAUCACGUCGCAAGCCCACAUUCCAACCAGCCGCACGAACAUCUGAAUUCGACAAAACCACGCUCAUUACGCCACACUCUCUACCUUGCAACGCCUUCACCAUUACAUCUCGAGAAGCGUCUGCCGGUCAGACCUUCCAAAUUGAAGCCGCAGUCAAUCGUCAAUCAUUCACUGUGCACGCCCAUCUGCACUAUUCAAGUCACCACUGACCGCUCUGCCGGCAGAGCGGACGACAUACGAACACUUUCCCACCAUACAUACAUCAUCGGCCCAACAUGGGCUGCCUCAGCGACCGAGAGAAGGGACCGAAGGAGGAAUCGCAGAAAUGGGACUUCAUCACACUGUCCGAUUUUCGGUGCACCUCGGCCUGGACCGUCGUCGCAUACAUCUGGUUGUGGGUAUUGGCACUCGUCGGUAUCGCAGUCUACGUCGUCGACACCUUCACUGCAGUCAACUUGCUCGCCUUUGACCAAUGGAGCUCGAGCGUCAAACCGGCACUCGACUUGAAGUACAGCAAAUGGAUCUUCUCCGUCUGUAUCUUACUCUCCUGGGCAUUGUGUAUCUACGAAUGGAUACGAGCCAUCCGCGUCAUCCGCCGCGGAGGUGUCGCUCAAAGCUUCUUGGAUCCACUAGCAGUCGACAUCCAAAGUAUGAGGCCUCGAGGCUUCAAACGCUUUCUGGUCUUCACUGCACUCACCAAGAGUCGGAAGGGUGCCGACUACGUAGCCCUCUUUGUAUACUUUUCCUUCAAAACCGCCCUUCGCGUCAUCAUUUGCGAAGGCCCUCGUCAAGGUGUCAAUGCCAUGACCCUCUACGCCGUUCUGCAGGCCGAUCUCAUCCCGGGCAAAGACCAGACCGACCACAACAACUUCGACCAAUUUUGGAUCAACAUUGGAGCGCUCGCCAACCAGAACACCCAACAGGCUGUCAUCUACUUUUCCAUGUUGUUCACUUUGGUCAUUUGGGUGUUCAGCGCACUAUCGCUCAUCGUCUCUUGCGUGCUUUAUUUGUGCUUUUUGUGGCACUACAUUCCGCAGCAAGAUGGAUCUCUCAGCACCUAUUGCAGGCGCAAGGUCGAUAAACGCUUGGCGAGAGUGGUGGCGCACAAAGUACAAGCAGCUAUAGAGGAAGAAGAACGCGAGAGGCGAAAAGCAGAAGAGAAGGCGGAACGCAAAGCAGCGAAGACGGGAGAAUUGCCACCGCCGGCGCAGAUACAGAUCGGAAUCAAGAAGCAGCCAACAUUGCCAAACCUGGGUUCGCCAGAGACCGGCAAGGAUGAUAAGUUGCCAGAAUUCACUCUUAGACGACAAGAGACGGAUAUGAGUGUAUCAACGCUGCCGCCAUACGAGAGCAGACCUCCUACCCGAGUGCAGGCUGAUCGUUUGACGAGGCAGCCAACCCUGCCAGAUCUGGGCAUGGAAAGCAGGCCUGGUCUGGCGAGGACCAAUACUGGAACUUCAACCUGGUCCAACGCACCCAGCUAUCACACCAACGCGCCUCUUCUGGAACAUGCGGGCUUGCCCGGUCAAAGUGAGCCACUUCCUACGAUACCAGGAUCGGCUCAUUCAUCCUUCCAGCAGCCAUGGCAUGAGCGCUCUGCUUCGCAAAGCACCCAAGGGUCGAUAAUGGACGGCUCGAUGCGUGCCCAAUUCGCGCCUGCUCCGCGUAUGCAAACUCCAAUGUCUGCCAGACCUUUUACGCCAACCGGGAUGGGUCCAGGGCCUGGCUACGGUCGACCACCACCAGUUGCGAGAGGACCCACGCCAAUGCGAUCAAACACCCCCUUGAGCUAUGAUCAAGAGCCGCGAUCAGCUGCCAGCGCUCCGCCAACCGAUGGCUUUGGCAGAUCGUUUACUGCGCCAAUUAGGGCCAAUACUGCAGACGGAUUUCGUCCCGGACCAGGCCCAGAGAGAACUUUUGGUAGUCUCCAUAGCCAGCAAUCUUUCAGCCGACCUAUGCCACGACCGCAAGGGCCGCAUGGGUCUUCAAGUAGUCUGCCAAGAGCCUACACACCCAACAGCAGCGGUGAAUUACCGCCUCGGCUCGCACAUCAAGAUAGCUACGAGAUGAUACCUCAACCAAACCACAGCAUCCCGCCAGCUCAACCAUUUGCGCCUUCCCGCACACCAGGGCCGUCGCAAACACCUGCACCUCCCAGCGCGGGUGGUUAUCUGCCGUUCAAUCCUUCGGUGCUUGCGCCUGUGGCAGCACCAGAGAGCCCGAGACUGCAGGAAGGACCGCGCCGCAACAUCACAUUGGCCGCAGGGCCUCCGGUUACAGAAGGCAGUUAUUUCGGUGAUGUACGCCAGGUACCGCCAAGAAGUGCGACAGCACCACUUGAGCCGCACAGAGUUGAAACAGCUCGAGUCUCGGUAAACGAUGUGCUGGACGAUUACGGCUCAUCAACGCCUGAUGAAGGCAUCCAUCGUCCUUGUCAACCAUCAAACCCUGUGCAGCAGCGCAGCGCUACAGCUGGACCGACGCCAAGAGGUCCGCACGACUGGCGACAAUUCUCAUAGAGCGAGAACCGCCAAUGUGUUGAUGAGUUGGUGCCGCUUUUGGCAGUGAUUCGAGAAAGAAGCGUUUUGUGACUGUGCAAAAAUACAUAGCGACGACGUGAUGAUGGAUACGAGCCUUGCGAACUUUGAGCUUGAGGCGCUGAAUUGUAUAAUCAAUCGCGCACAUAUUAGAUACCCUUGCUACGCUACGCCUGAGCAGAGCGUUUUACAUACAACUCAACAAUGAGAAAGCUAUGAUGUUUCAUCCGCC